AUGGAAGACUUACACAAUACCAACGCGCGAGUCAGUGUGUUUUUCCUACAGCAAGCGUGGCGAUCAUCGCUUCGUCGGUACAACGAAGCGCGAGGCGGCUCGGUUGCGGCUGUGGAUACUGGAACCCGAGAUUCCAUGAACGAAGCUAAUUAUGUAUCACUUGAGGCUGUGGGAUUUCGUCGAAUUCCUGCUGGAUCACAUCCUCGUAGUGCCACCAUUCGUGAUGUACACCCCGCCAGACUCGCAGGGGUAUGUGACAACAUACUGAAGCAGAGGUCGCGAAUGCCGACUUUUAAUAUAUCAUCAGUCUCUGACAAUGACGUAGAUAAGUCUCUGGACAGAAGCGACCCCCUCUCGUAA